CAUUAUAUUCAACGUGUUGAUCCAAAUGGAGUGUUGGGUCUGGAGAGUGAUCAGGCAAUAAUUGGCUACGAAUUUGGUGAUUUCAUACGCGAUAUUGAGACGGCCUCAGCACCUGCACCAAAACCGAUAGAUGCAAUUGGGCGUAAUACACAGCUGAGGAUCUUUUUGAGAGGUGUGGCACAACGUUGUCUAGAUGGUCUCAUACUGGAUUGUCUAUUCCCGAGAGUGGUCCUUGAACAACUCCUCAAUAUUCUCCUGGAGCAUCGACGUCUGAUAUUGUUUGGUGCCACUGGUAUUGGCAAAUCGAAUCUGGCACGUCAGCUGGCCAAAUAUAUCAGUCUGAAAAUUUGUUCCGUGAAAGAUGGCUGCAACAGUGGAAUUGAGACGACUGCAGGAACGAGUGUGGCUGCUCAAGAGUGUGUUGUAGAGAUCAAAAUUGGUGAUGAGGAACCCGAUAGGAACAUGGCACAGGUCAGAAUUGGCUUUGAAAUGCGAUAG